AUGCCACCAAAGGCUCCGACCCAAGAGAAGCUGGUGCCCUUGAUCGAUGUGUCUCCAAAAUCGCAAAAAGUCGCCGCAGCCGGUGGCUCUUUUCAGCUCCAAUUAACCAGCAUUGCGGAUAAGCCGGCGGCGAUUAGGGUAUGGAAUUUUAACUUUUAUAAAAAAAUUUUUAUUUUUUCAAAUUUAAAAAAAACAUUUUUUUAUUUUUUUCGGUGCAAAAGUUCGUAGAAAAAAUCUUUUUAUUAUUUUAAACUUCAACAAGCUUGAGCUUUAUCGACAUUUAAAAUCAAAAAAAUCUAAAAAAAAAUUCUUUAACUUUUGGACCAAUGUAGUAAACUUUGUUAUUUACUAUUGUCAUCAUUCCAGAUCAAGACCAGCAACAAUGAGUUUUACCGUGUGAAGCCCGUGUACCAGGUCAUAAAACCGAAGGAAAAGAAGACAUUAGACGUUGUGCGUAUUCCUGGUCCAGCAUCGAAAGACAAGAUUAUUGUACAAUCGAUGGAAACUCGAGAAGACGAAGAACCUCAAGAUCCUUUCAAAGCCGGCUGUCUGCCAAUCGAAAUUCACAUCGAAAUCACUGCCGCUUAA